UCUGCUGACAGUAAUUUCCCAGCCUCGUCCUUCUGCAUCCUCCCACAGCCUCUCUGUGAUUGGCCGGCGGUGCUGAUGACACGUCGGAGGGGGGAGGCGGCAGCAGGGAAAUAAAACCCCUGCUCCGGCUCUGCUCAGGCACAGACGCUCUCACUCCAGACUGAGCUGCCACCUGAACGGAUACUCCAGCAGCAAACCAACCCCGGACACACUAUGUGUAAGGGACUCGCAUCACUGCCCUCAUGCUGCUUGGAAAGGGCCAAGGAGCUGAAAGCAAGGCUGGGAAGCAUUUUGCAAAAACCCAACUGGACUCUAUCCUGCUGCAGCAUCGGGAAAAACAAGCCGACCGUGGAGGAAUGCCUCCGGUGGAAAGAGUCCUUCGAAAGACUGCUGUCCAGCAAAUAUGGCCUGUGCGCCUUCAACGCCUUCCUUGUGUCCGAGUUCAGCGAGGAGAACAUUGCUUUCUACUUUGCUUGUGAGGAUUACAAGAGAUGCAAGAGUUCUGCCAAACUACCCGCCAAAGCCCGGAAAAUCUACGAUGAAUUCAUCGGUGCUGAAGCCCCCCGGGAGAUAAACAUCGAUCAUGAGACCCGGGAUAUCACCAGGGCCAACAUGGAGGUCCCCACCCCCUCGUGCUUCGACCCGGCGCAGCACAAGGUCUACCUGCUGAUGGCCAAAGACUGCUACCCUCGCUUCCUCCGCUCGGCCGCGUACCGAGACCUGGUGUGCCAGGCCAAGUCGGGCAGGAGGCCCAGCAAGCCGGCCCAGCAGGACAAGAACGCGUGAACGGGACUCGUUUGACUCGGGGAUGUCGGAAUGCAAGAAAAAGCGUGGCUGAUGGUGCUGCAUUGGGAAGCUGGUGCCUACGCCGCGAGGUCCGGGGCGGAUCGCCGUCGGGGCGGAUCGCCGUCGGGGCGGAUCGCCGUCGGGCCGGAUCGCCGUCGGACCGGUCCUCCCAGCAGGGCGGAGGACUGGAGAUGGAAGGAGAAGAGGAACGUGGAGGGGCUGGUGGAGUCGGGAGGUCAAAGUCCAGAGGAAGUUCAACACCAGUGACACUUAAAAAACGAGGAAAGGAGAAGUGGGGAAAAGCACUUUCAUUUGCCGCCGGGCAAACGUUUUCUGCCGUUUUUAAGUUGUAAUGUGCAAUGUUCCUCUGUCAAAGACGAGUUUGUAUUUAUUUGUAUUUAUUUACCUGUGUAAGAGUUGUAUUUUUAUCUAACAUUGAUAAAAAAAUGUAUAAUUUAAUUACUUUCAUGUUUAUAUAUUGUUUCCUUUUUUACACACAAACACAUAAAAGACAAUCUAAUAAGUUAUUUGAAAAAUAAAA